UGUUUUAUUUGGCUGUCAAAUAAAAGGAAGUUUUUUAAUCAAAGAAAUUUAAUUCUUUAUUUUUUUGAAUUACCUAAUUGUUAUUGUGAAUAUUCGAUAUUGCUCUCCAUAUUACUGAAUUCAUAAAUCUAUAAUUAUUCCAUGUAUUGAAGGAAGUAGUGGACUUAUAUUAUACUAAAGAUGUCUGAUGAUGCAGAGCAGCAAGCAGAAGAGAUUGAGGUGCUGAAGUCAAUAUACGAUGGAGAUGAGAAUUUCAAACAAGUAGACAACACUACCUACCAAUACAAGUACAUUGAUGGAGAAAAGUCAUUCAUUGUGGAGAUCUCAUGGGGAGCCAAUUAUCCGACAGAGAAGCCCACCUUCCAUCUAGAAAUAUUUUAUAAUCAGAGUUUGUUGCCAUCUGUGAAAAGCAAAAUCCUGUCAAUCCUCAACGAGGAAGCGGAGCAGUGGGUAGGAUGCGCCAUGACUUACACCCUGUUUGAGUGCCUCAAGGAGAAAGUCACGGAAAUAUUAGCCGAACAGAUCGAAGAGGUUGUGACGGCCAAGGUCGAGAAAAUUACGAUCAAUGAUGAUGCGGACACAAAGAAGGUAGACCCUAAGAAGGAGCAACUAACAAAGGCACAAAAGCGUCGGGCGUGGGACCGCGCGGAGGCGGGGGCGGGGGGGAUGCGGGGCCGCGGCUGGGACUGGGUCGACAUCGUCAAGCAUCUGUCUCAGGCGCCGCACCAGCCCUCCUCAUGACAGAGCGGGUAGGAUGUAUGUCUGCUGUUGCGUUUGAGGAAGACGGUUGGGCUUCAGAGAUUGUUUCUGUCUCUCUCAUUUGAAUGUAUCGGUUUAUAUGACAGUGUAAAGGACUCUAGUUGCAUUAUCUAGUGUUUUCUAUCAUAGUGUAUGCCUAACUUUCGACUUGCUCCAUGCCACUUACACUGCCAGAAGAUUUUUUUAAACUUUCAGAAUAUUUUUUAUACUGAAUAGAAUGCAGGCUUUGUCUAGUUCUAUCAUGUGACUAAUAGCAGUGUAUUUAAAUAAAUUUAUUUAAAUAGUCUAACUAGAAUAUUAAAAUUAUCCAACUAUAAAACAACCUAUUCUGAUUGUAAUUUUUUCGUAAAAGGCAUUGGACUUUCUACAAAGAUUGUACCUAAAUCCAUAGUUGUUGGUAUUACUUUGUAUAUUUAUGCUAAUGUACAUUAUUUUGAAUAAAUAAUUAUUUAUUCGCC